AUGCCAACAACAAGAACAACUACAUCAACACAUGUACCAAUGACAGCAACAACAGGAGCGCUUACAACAACAACAGCGCCUGCAACAAAAUCAACGACGAAGAAGAGACUAGCAACAACUACAACAUUGGAUGAAUUUCAACAAUUAAAACAGAUUCAAGAUGCACAUGAUCUCCAACAAGAAGAAGAACAACACCAAAAUAUUGUACAACUAGUUCAACAACAGUUCUGGGAACAUCUCGAAUUAUCAAAUCAGUAA